GGAACAAGGUAAACACAUAUGUAGUUAUGGAGGCUGGUUGUUUUGAGAGACCCAGGCCAGAAGAGAGAUCUAGCUGAGCCAAAUCCAUCAAACCUGCACCAUGGCAUGGAGAAGGCAAAGACGAUCCCGUUCUACAAGAGCUGAGCUUCAAUUCUCUGUUAGCCGAGUGGACAGAUACCUUCGAGAAGGAAACUAUUGCCGGCGCCUGAGUGCUUCUGCUCCUGUGUUGCUCGCUGGUAUACUUGAGUACCUGACAUCCAACAUUCUUGUGCUGGCUGCUGAGGAAGCCUUCAUCAGGGGCAAGAAGCGCAUCACCCCAGAGCACUUAUGUUGGGUGAUUCAGAACAACAGACAGCUCAGUCAACUCUUCAAAGAGAACACCAAAUCUCUGGAUGAUUUGCCAUAAUGAGAACUGAUGAUGGUUGGGUCUCAGAGGCUGAGGGUCUCCCUUUUCAGCCUUCACCAGCCCCACUGUAACUAGGGGAGGUAAUCAGUCGUGCUAUUAAAGCAUAUAAGCAGG